AGCAUAUCCUGCAUAACCCAACAUGAUAUGACAUGUCCGGUGUCUUCAAUAUAGGGGGUUAAAUCUCCUGCAUGGCACCGAGGUUAUUGCCAGAGAUAAUAAGGCUGGUAGACCCAGACGAUACACUGUCAUUCUUUGCAUUGUCAUCUUGAGAAUUUUUCCAUUAACUACUCCGUACACGAUGUCUGUAUACUCUGAUUACGGGCCUGACAAGGCAACUUCUUUCCCAUUUGGGCAAUCGAUGUCUUGGCUGUCAGGUGACUUUCCGAGGGAAUGGAAUGCCAGGAAUGCCUGAAGAUUGAUAGCGGAAGAAUGCCUCAGGAUACCAUGAUUGAUGAACGGAAAUCUCCAGCUGCUUCAACUUCCUCCGACCAAACCCUUUGCUCACUCACACUCCUUGAUCAAUCCACCGCAGACGUUUCAUAAUCUGACCACCGACAACUAAAAAUAACGAGAAUACACCGUGUACACCUGGUUGGACGGAUAAUCCCAUCCCUGUCGUCCAACAAGCGUCUUCCGGAGUAGCAGUAUCACCUCCCUGGAUUUGUUGGAGAAGACCUAAAUGGAUGGAUCCAGCGAAUGAGGAGACGGGCUCGGUGCCUCGGCCACAACCCCUUCCCCAACCUUCCCCGCCUCAAUCUUCGACGCCAUCCAACGCCGGCGUUACAGACUCCACCGCGCCGUCGAAAGGAGCGACGGACAGCAGCAGCAACAAGAGCAACCAUAGCAGCCGCGAUAAUACCAAUGUCUCCAUCCUCCCCCAGCCCCAGCCCCGCCUCACUCAUACCACUUCGAAAGAUCGCCCCGUGUCCGGCGUAGUUCCACCCUACUGGAGCCACCAUCGGGAUUCGUCGCGUACCUCUCAAGCCUCGCUGGAACAGUUGCCUCCCAUCAGCUUGGAAGAUCACACGGAGGACCCGAACUCGGAAACUACCAGGGGACUGUGGGCGCAGAGUGUCUCCAUAGACGACUAUGCGGUGGUCCAGGGAAAGACCGGCGUAGGGUCGUAUGUGGUCUGGAACUGCACGAUCAACACUCUCGAGGGCGGUCCCAUCACCGUGCGUUUGAGGUACUCCGAAUUCGACGACCUGCGCCGACGACUGGCUGCGUCAUUUCCACACGCGAAGAACGCUCUGCCGGUGCUUCCUCCGAAAAGUAUCAUCUACAAAUUCCGACCGGCGUUUCUCGAAUCGCGAAGGAUAGGACUGGCAUACUUUCUCAACUGUGUUCUUCUCAACCCGGAGUUUUCGAGCUCGCCCGUCGUCAAGGAGUUCCUCUUUGGUCGGAUGUGCUGACGCCACCAUAUAACCCUACGCACGGCUACGAAGUUAUGUAUUUCCUGCCACUUUAUUAUUAUUACAUUUUGCAUGGAGUGGUGGAGCGUCAUGGAUGAACGGUUUCCUUGGAUAGAUUAUAUUGCAAUGAUGAUUUCAGAGUU